CACGGGUGGUCUCUGUCAGAAUAUAAUGAUACUUUCAGCCUUCUGGUAAGAUUAAUGACUUGUAAGAGGACUUUCUGAGCUGCUGAUAGAAACGGCUGUUGACGAUUGCACUUGCCAUGCGACGGAUGUGGAAGUGAGUGCUUGCCGUGAAGCUCCAUGCCAGGGCGGGACACGAUUGGCUGGCGACAUCGGCAGAGCUGCUUUUCUUUGCUCGUCUUUAUCCACCUGCGACCGGGCACUGCGAGUUCCACGGUUACAACACCACAAGUCGAUCUUCGUGCUUUAGAGCUCUAUCUGCCUCAUCCUCUCGCCUUUGUCGCUGUUUACCCUGAGCGCGCAUUCCCUCGUUGACCUCAAACUCCUCUUUCCACACUAUCUUUUACGCCUACAACGUCAAACAUGUCUCUCGCAAGACCUACUCGGUCCGCCCAGUCCCUGUUCCGUGCAGCUCAGAAAUCUAGCAGGUGCCGAGUCACUCCUGCCUUUGCUGCUCGAUCCUAUGCUACGGUCGAGUCCGACAUCUUCAAGCCUACCAAAUAUGGAGGAAAAUACACUGUGACCUUGAUUCCCGGUGAUGGUAUUGGAGCGGAAGUCGCCGAAGCAGUUAAAACCAUCUUCAAAGCCGACAAUGUCCCUAUCGAGUGGGAACAGGUCGAUGUCACAGGUGUGGACACAGGCAGCAAGCAUUCAGAGGACCUAUUCAAGGAAUCGAUAGCUUCAUUGAAGCGGAACAAGCUUGGUCUCAAGGGUAUUCUUCACACUCCCAUCGAGCGAUCUGGUCACCAAUCCUUCAACGUGGCACUCCGACAGGAACUCGACAUCUACGCUUCAGUCGUCUUGAUCAAGAACAUUCCUGGCCUGGAGACCCGACACAAGAAUGUCGACCUUUGCAUUGUGCGUGAAAACACCGAAGGCGAGUACUCUGGUCUGGAACACCAGUCUGUGUCCGGUGUGGUGGAAUCGCUCAAGAUUAUCACCCGAGCCAAGUCAGAGCGCAUUGCCAAAUUUGCUUUCUCAUUCGCCCUUGCCAACAACCGCAAGAAGGUGACGUGCAUUCACAAGGCCAACAUCAUGAAGCUGGCUGAUGGUCUCUUCCGAAACACGGUCAAGAAGGUCGGAGAGGAUUACCCAACCUUGGAGGUCAAUGACAUGAUUGUCGACAAUGCUUCCAUGCAGGCCGUUUCUCGACCACAGCAAUUCGAUGUCAUGGUCAUGCCUAACCUCUACGGAGGUAUCCUAACCAACAUUGCUGCUGCCCUUGUUGGUGGCCCCGGUGUCGUCCCCGGCUGCAACAUGGGUCGCGAUGUCGCUGUCUUCGAGCCUGGCUGCAGACACGUCGGUCUUGACAUCAAGGGCAAAGACCAGGCCAACCCAACGGCCCUCCUCCUUUCCGGCACCAUGCUUCUCCGACAUCUUGGAUUGGACGAUCAUGCCAACCGCAUCUCCAAGGCAGUCUAUGAUGUGAUCGCCGAUGGAAAAGUCCGCACUCGAGAUAUGGGAGGCGACAGCACCACACACGAGUUUGUGCGAACCUUGCUCGACAAAAUGGAAUCCUCUGCCUAAAUUGCAUGGAGCAUGUUGGGAUAGGUAGUCGAUAUUCUGGUUCUGAGGUUAUUGGUGUGAUGCAUUCCGAGCUUAAAGGUGCCUGCGAUGAAUUGUGUGGUUUCGAUGCUAGAAAUGAACAUGUGUAUAUAUUUUCCUUGUCGUUCCUUGCCGUCAUGUGUUUUGCUCGUUCGUCACUUUUUGUGAAGUCUGAUCUUCGCAUUCUAGCGUCAUUAUGUGACUGGUACCUAUUACUUGCCCUGAGAGCCUCCCACGUGAGAGCAGGUUCGGUGCAGCCUACCUGGUUAUAGGGAGGUAUAGGCGAGUUGGGAGACGAGGCACUUAAGGAAGCACCUAAGAAGGUAGUAGGUCAUCAGGCUGCACCCGCAGGCCUUAAGGUACCUAAGUUUGGUGCCUCCAUGCGCAAA